CGCUUCAGCUGAUCGGCCCAGAGGAGUCCCCGGUGGUCCUGCCCGUCGUCGGCUCUGGCGGCUCCACCGUCUUUAUGUCGGUUUGAAACGGUUGUCAUGUUUUUUGUUUGUUUUUUUACCGAGCACGUUGCCGCUCGUGUCGGCAGAGUCUUUUGGUGAGAGUCUAAGGGGGAAUAAUCCGACCCGGGCUGUUCGCUCGGCGCUCGUCGAGAAAGCCAGCGGCUCCGAAGGCGAAGACGAGGCCCUCACUCCAUCCCCGGAUUCACCUGCUUCGCGGCGAGCCCGACACGGACCAGCCCGACAUGGGCGACACGGGGAGCGAGGGCAGCGAGCCGCCGAGCAACGUCAACGUGAUACCGCCGCGCUGCCACUGUGGAUUCUGGGGGUCAAGCAAAACCAUGAAUCUUUGCUCAAAAUGUUUUGCCGACAUUCAGAAGAAGCAGCCAGACAAUGACUGUGCCCCAAAAGCCUCCUCAAGCUCCAGCAGCAGCCAAACGGACGUCUUCUGUAAUGAAACAAACAGCAGCAUUAGUCAGUCACUGAUGUCGAUGACUAACGCAUCAGAGGACCCUUCACCAGGAGAGACCGGAGUGAUGUCUCUACCUGCUCAGGACGAAGUAUCCAGCACAGACACAGUCUUUGGGUCACUCUCCACUCCCACAAAACGCUCCUUUGAGUCAGCAUCCGAGUCAGAAAGCGACGUUUCCCCUGAGAAACAAGCACGAGUGGGUGUGGUGCCAGAGAGUGAGGAGUCCUCAUCGUCAUCGUCGUCUUUGUCUGCAUCAUCAUCAUCCUCACCCUCGCCCCGCAGUGGCUCCAAACAGCGAAGCCGCAAGCGUUGCCAUCGCUGUCAAACCAAACUGGAGCUGGUACAGCAAGAGCUGGGUUCCUGUCGCUGUGGUAAUGUCUUCUGUAUGCUCCAUCGCCUCCCAGAGCAACACGACUGUAUGUUCGACCACCUGGGCCGCGGUCGCCAGGAGGCGGUCCUAAAGAUGGUCAAGCUCGACCGCAAGGUUGGCCGCUCAUGCCAGCGCAUCGGGGAGGAGUGCUCCUGAAGAAUCUCAGUCAUCAGAACGAAUCUUAGCACUAACAGGGAUUUCAUUUUUCAUUUUAUUUUUUAAAUUUUGUUUUUCAAGAUUUCGGCAGGUUUUUUGGAUCCAAACCUCCACUUUCGUUUCUUUAACUUAUGCUCCAUCUUUUCAAGUCCCAUAUCCGGGUUGUUUUUCAGCUUCUGUUGGCUUGAUCGUAUCCCUGCUGCUAAGAUGCCUUUUGGAAAAUACACAUGCCCAGGAAUGGAAAGAACAGUAAAGAGUUAAGGAAAUGUUUUCUCCUGACUUCACACGUGUGAGUGGAGUGAGAACGAAUUAAAGGAUGAAGAGAAGAAAUACAAAAGUUUUGUCCUGGAAGCCAGUUUAAGACUACUCUUUACCUCAAAAAAGAAAAGAAAAAAAAAAACAAAGAAUGACGAGGAGGAGGAGUAAGGGAUGGUUUCCCUUCGUGUACAAUGUUGCUUUGGCGCUGUUAAUAGACUGUUCUUUACCUCAAAGUCAGACAGAGCUGCUUUCUUCUCUGCGCCAAGCAUGGACUUUGUGAAGCAAACCGAGUUAGCCAGCCUCAGUUUAAGUCAGUGUCUUACCCCCUGGCCGUCCUCUACCUUUAAUCCUUAACCUUUAGGAACACAAACACCUGUUAAUCCUCCACCUCAGGAUAUCAGAGCCCAGUGUUCAACCCGCCUCCAACCAACUCUCUCUCUUUUCCACUAUGGAGCACCUUUCACUUUGUUUUAAGACCGCUGUGAAGUUGUUUCCUGCCAUUGUGGACGAUGACACUGGGGGUAAUGCUCGAAAUCCAAAUUCAGACGUUGCAGCGUGAGCCCAACUCCAACACACACAGUGAUAGUGGGAACUGUGAGCUAGUUAUCCUUGGAUUGCACAUGGAUCAGUCUCUGACGUUGGGGUGUGAUUGAUGAAGACAAAGGAUUUUCUCUGUCUUCCUCUUUGUUUGUCUCAACCUUUCUCUUCCUUGGUCUCCACAGCCUCUCAUCAUGAAGACAUUUUCCUCUUCGCAGACGUGUUUGCUGGAUGUGUACAAACGGCAGGAAGGCAACAUUUACAGGACAUGGUGGACAUUAAAGAGUUCUUAUGGUUUAUAACUGGACCUGAAAUGUCUGCGUUGUGCACAUCCUCACGUCAGUACACACACACACACACACACACACACACACACACACACACACACACACACACACACACACACACACACACACACACACACACACACACACACACACAGACCUUUAUGUUGUUUUAUGUGCUUAGCCGAUCACUUUGAGCACAAACAGGCAAAAAUCAAAGGUUGCUGUAGACCCAGAGUUUGGACUGAAACAGGAAUUGGCAGAGCAUCACUCAGACGUUUCUGUUGGCUGUUCAGGUCUCUCAAUGUUUUCGCCCUUGAUUUCAACUAUCCACAUUGUUUAAGGUCAUUUUUCCAACAACUUUGAAAGGAGACUCCUUGGUUUUCAUUCUUCUUCCCCGUACUUGAAUGCUUCUAUUCUCCCCCUACAUCUCAUGCUUUCAUUUUCUGCUAGCGUGAUGAGCUCACAUGCACCCUCCUCUUUCCUUUUGACGUUCCUUCUCUCAUCUUCUCCCUUAUUGAUUGCUCUGCUUUUCCUCCUUUCACCCUCUCUGUCCAAGCUCCUCUGUCUUUCGUGUUUUGCAGAAGAUGAUUAAAGAGAGAUAGGGUGAGCGGAGUUAAAAUCAGCAAGUAAUUACUGUCAAAAUGUUUUAUAUUUUCCUGGUUGACUGUGGAAUGAAUGGACAGAAAAAAAGCUUGAUGAAAUAAUAUUCUGUAUCUUAUGGAAAACCUUAUUUAACCCCUUUUUGCAUUUCAGAUUUAGUUACACUUUAGUGUAGAGCUGCAUUUUUUUUGGGUUGUAAUGUCAUAAAAUGGGAAGAUGAACGUGGACAAUUCUGUAUUUUUGUUUUCAUUGCAUUACCCUUUGCUUCCCCUUUCCAACUUUUUCUUUUACUGAGAAAGAAUAAAUUGGAUUAGACAAAG